CAUCAUUGCGAGGUGCAGUCUGUAUUCUAUUUGCGCCGCAAAUCCUUACACAAUGUUGUUGCAGCUGCUCAAGUCACGACCACCGCCGCUGAGCACUUUAGCCAAUUCCAUCCCAUUCGCUUCAUCACUAGCAUCAUCAUCAUCAUCAUCAUCGUCAUCCUUGUCUCUGACUGUGCCGAGCAUGCGUUCGACGGCGACGGCGGCAACCCGCGCCAUGCAAACGCGUGCUGCUGCUGCCAUUGCGUCGUCGCGCGACUGCCACUGCUCACCCGCCGCUCGAGCGUCAUCGUGCUACUACACACAAGCGCCGUCUAUUCAACCACACUAUGCACUGACGCGGGCCGAGCGUCGUCGCAGUGCGUGCUCUGCCUCUACGCGCGACUUCCACUUGCACGCUCCAUCUGUGGCCUCAACCAGCGGACAGCCAGGUCAGACGACUGCACGGCAAGCUGCUGGCGAUGCAAGCAAGACGCCCAGCAAGAGCAACGGUCACUCGUGCUGGUCUUGCCCGGGUCUGCUUGCCAAGAACGACCUGUUCUGCCACUCGUGCUCGGUGAUUGCGCCGCCUGCGCUCAGCGGCACGUACUUUGACCUCUUUGGACUACCCGUUUCGUUUGAUCUCGAUACCGCAAAUCUGGAGCGCCUCUUCAGGCAGCUGCAAUGGAAGCUACAUCCAGACCGGUUUAGCCAAAAGUCGCCUACCGAGCAAGAGUACUCCACACAUCACUCUUCGACAGUAAAUAAGGCGUAUGAUGUUUUGAAAGUGCCGUUGAAGCGAGCACAGUAUCUGCUGCACUUGAAAGGCAUCGAAAUAGAGGAGCGGUCAACCGCCGAUUUGCAGAUGCCCGAGUUGCUAAUGGAAGUCAUGGAGUUGAACGAGCGGAUAGAUCAAGCCCAGAGCGAGGCAGAAGUGAAGGAAAUCGCAGCCGAUAUUGAAGAUCAAUUGCAACACGGCCUCCGCGAGCUUUCGAGCGCCUUCAAGGCCGAAAAGUACGACGUUGCCAAGCAAUGGACCAUCAUUCUCAAGUAUUACUACAAUCUGCAGCAAGCAGCGCACAACUGGGGGGACUCUCGUGGGAGAGUCGUCCAUUGAAAACACCAAGCACGCGAACAUUUAACUUUAUGAUACAGAACAGCCCUGAGCCGACAUCAGUCAACUCAGAAUAAACCUUUUUUUUGCGACGAAAAACUUUCGCUAAAUAGAGAUACCAACAUUCACAU